AGUUUAGAGAUGACUGUCAACGUGUCUAGAUCUGCAGCUUAUAAUUUUGUUAGGUUAAUUUUUAAGUGAACAUUAUUAAAAAUUUUAGAUUUAGAAUUGAAAAAUUGUGCUACAUCUUUGUGUUAUUUUAAAGUUGCAAAUAAAAAAUAACUUUUUAUAAAAAGUGAAAAAUUCAUUUAUUGUAUUUGUGAAUUCUUUGACAUAAAGAAACAAAAAAGAUAGACACAGCAGCAAUUAAUAUGAGAAUAUAAAUAUAUUUGCAAUAGAGAAAAAUUAUAUGAGUCAGCCUCGUAUACUUAUUAAUAAUAAUACAUGUGAAGUUUAUUCGUUCUUCCUCAACCAAACAAGUAUGAAAGUGUUAGUAAACAUUUUUUCUUAAAGAAACAAAAAAAAAACACAUACAAAACUUGAAAUACAUAAUUUGUGCUACACUUGAAACCUCAGAGAUAUAAGUGACGAACUAGUUUUUUUCUUCUUUUCUUCGUUUAUUUUCAUCUUGUGAGUUUUGAACAAGGAGAAAGAAAAAAAACAUAAAGCUGAAAAAGUAAAAAAAAGAAGAAGUAUAACUAGCUAAAAUAUCAUUGUUUCCGACUUGUUAUCAACAUCAUCAACAAUUUUAUCGUAAUUAUCACCUUUAAAACCUACAUUGCUGCGUUUAAAAAUGGCAUUCAAUAACUCUUCUCAAACUCGACAAUCAACCCAAUUAUCAGCUACUAACGAAGAUGAAACAAAUUUGCAGCAGCAACAACAGCAGAAAAAGAAUAAUCUCAUAAUUUUGGUAGAAAAAGACUCGAAUGAUAAAUUGGAUGAGCUUUUUGAUAAAACUCUGAGCAAUAAGUUGCCUCUUCAAGUGCCUUAUCACAUGCGCAAUUUACCUGCGUCAUUCUUUAAACCUCCUUCAUCAGGCUCAAAAUCUCCAUCAGUUUCACAUUCGCGAGAAAAUUCUGCUGAUUCCGCUUUCGGAUCAGGAACAACAAUUGGCGCUGGUGUACAGAGUACGGCUACUCCUGUUGUUGCACCAUCAGCAAUUCCCAGUGGCUUAACAAUUCAUCACUCAAGAGCUCAUAGCAGUCCUGCAAGUUUGGGAAAGUUGCCUUUGAACAUUAAUUUGAAUUUAAGUGCCUUAAAUCUUGGUUCUGUGACGCCUACAAAUAGUAGUCCCAGCCCCAAUCAUUCGAGUAGCAAUAUAAGCAGCAUUAGCUCAAAUAAUUCCAGUAAACAGCAACAAAGUGGUAUCUCUGUUAAUAUUGCAAGCAAUAGCACCAACUCGACAAACAAUACUAACAACAAUUUAUUAAAUAACAAUGGCACAGGAAGUAAUCAGAGCACUAACAAUAAUUUGCCGCACAAUAUCUUGGACAAAACAUUACAGCAUAUACACAGUCGUGGACGAAGCUACGAUAUCCCAAGCUUGCAGCAUCAAAUACAUUUUGGAGAGUUACCAACUGGUUGGGAACAGGCAAAGACUCAUGAAGGAAAGAUAUACUACAUUAAUCACAAUACUCGUACAACUCAAUGGGAAGACCCAAGAAUACAAGCGGCCACUACAGCAUUGUCAAAUGGCAAUCUUUUUUCUUCAUCUGAACACUCAAGUGUAGAAACUUUAUUCAGUUCUCCCACUCAUCUAAGCUCAUUGGGAUCAACACAAAACGUAACUGAUACACAGUCUCAAACACAAACUGCCGCCAUCACUGCGCCGUCAGUCCCUUUAGGAAAUAACACUACUAACUUAGGACCAUUAGAAUGGCCUUGGGAAGAAGGUGUCACGGAAAAUGGUGAGCGCUAUUACAUAAACCAUAUCACUCGAACGACCACGUGGCGUGAUCCGAGACUAUCAAACCAAGAUUGGGCGGAUCAAGAACAAUCAGUACGUAUUUUCAAUCUCCAUCUUGAACGUGAACGUUUAAAGAGAAGGCAACAAGAAAUUGCAAAAUUGAAUAUUGGUGAAGAUCCUUUUCUUUCUGGAAUGACAGAUCAUGCAAGACAGGAAAGUAGCGAUAGUGGUCUCAGUGUCUCAUUGUCACAUACCCCAGAUUUUCUUUCAACAAUCGAUGACAGUAUGGAUGGUUUAAGUUCUACCGUUAAUGACUCUAUGGACACAAUAACGUUCAAUGAGGCCAUGGAAACACCUGACGAAUUCAUGUUAAAUGACCCUCUUCUUUUGGAUAAGAUCGAUGAGCUGAUAUGAUGUGAGAAACUGUGAAAAUCAUCAACAUUGUGUGAUGUAAAGUGCCUUAAUGUUUUCUUACAUAAAUUCUUUAUCUUUCAUAAAUAUUAAGAAUAAUGCUUUAAAAAUAUUUGUAAAAACUAUUAAAACUAAUUUGCAUUUAAAAGGAUUUAUGUAUGAUAAAUAUGAACGUUUACAUUGUUCAGAUACUUAGUUGGUAUCAGUAAGCCUCUUACAUUUGAAUACUUUAACUUUCAAUUUUCUGAUUAUGUGUCAAGUCCAAAUUCUAAAAGAUUGGACAAAAAGAAUAAAAAAUCAAUGAAUUGCCCACGGAAUUAGAUUCUAAAUAAUAACAAAAUUUAUAAAGUUGCUUAUCCUUAAAAAAAAAUGAAUUUUAUUUUUCAAAAUAUAUAAGUUUAUGUUUGAUAAUAAUUUAACGAUAUAUUAUUGGAAAAUUACUAAAAUAUAGCGAACAUAUUAAUCAAAGUGCCUUUUUUAUAAAUAUAAAUUUUCAUAAUGUUGAGGAAGAAAAUUUUUAAAAAUUCUUUAGAGUUGUGACUAUAUAUCAUCUAAUUAGGAAAAUAAUUUUGUAGCAAUAGAAAUACAAUUUGGAGUUUUUUUAACGAUGCCAACGGAGAGUUGCAAUCUUCUGAAGAUGGCUUUCAAUUUCUGACAACUUUUUAUUUGUCUCAUCUAAACAACAUAUUUUUUGUUUAAAUAUUAUUUAGAUAUAUGAAUAUAUGUAUAAUGUUACUAACAUUUUGAAGUUUUAUAUAGACGUUUCUAAUGUUGAGAACAAGUAAAAUGAUUCUUAAUAUGAGGAUGACUUAACUAUAUGAAGCUAUAGUAUUAUGUAUUUUAAUUAUCCAAAUGUAUUGAUAAGAUUUCUUGUAUUAAUUCUGGGUUCAUAAAUUGUCUGGGUAUUCAAAGGGUAUUGAAAUCUUUACCAAUAAGUAAAAAAAAAAUUCGGCGAAUAUUCGGUACGAUGAAAAACACGAAUAAAUACGUACCCUACUUGAAACUCCUUCCAGAAUUAUUUAAUCAAAUUUUUCGUACAUAAAUAAUUGAUUGAAUUCGAUUGCCGUCCUUUUAAAAUUUGAAUUCCCAAAAAGAAGUGAAUGAUCAAUUCAAAAAUAUCUAAAAGAAAAUAAAUAAAGUUGAGAAAAGCUUGAAGCUUUUUAAUGUUUAUAAGAACAGGCUCAAGCAGCUUGAGUCAAGCUUAAUCGAUAUUCACGGAUAAUUAAAAAAUAAAUUUAUAAUAAAUCAUCAAGCAAUAUUUGUGACUAAAUAUUUCUGCCUUGAUAGAUUAGAAGAAAAAAUAUUAAAAUAAGACAAUAUGUUUAUGUUAUGACACUUUAGUUUCUACAAUAUUUCAGUAGAUACUAGAAGAGUUUGUUGACCAUUUCAUGAAAUUUUCUAUUUACCUACAUAUGAUUUUUGUACUUAGAUUUUGUACGAAUCGAGAAGUAAAUUUAUAAAUAUUUAUCUGCAGUAAAUCUGCCGGAAAGUUUCUGAUAAAGAUGGAAAUAAUAUGAAGGUGGUUUCUAAUUUUUUAUUACUUUGACAAAAGCAAAUCUUGCAAUGCAAUUAAACAAUCACUUUUGAAAAUAUAGUUAUGAAGUAUCUAGAUUUAAGAUUCAACAGGUUUAAAUUAGAAUAUUUAUCUUAAGAAAAUAUUAAGUUAUAACUUAAUAACAAUAAGAGUAAACAAUAAAGUUUUGUUUUCAAGCGAA